UUCUUUGGAUGGAUGUACUUGCCAAUUCUUAUUAUGUUCUACGUCAUGGAGAGAGUCGAGCCAAUGUAGAACACUUGAUCGUUUCAGAUAGUGAAAACGGUAUACUAGACUCAUAUGGACUGACGGACAAAGGAAAACAACAAGCACAACAAGCUGCUACACAUUUAAAAGAAACACUUGACAAGGAUUGGAGUGAAAAAUACAACAAAGAGAUGGUAACUUUGGUUGCUUCUCCCUUUUCCCGUGCCAGAGAAACCGCUGAGAUAAUAGCCACCCAACUGCAGUUUCAGGUUAUCGUAGAUCCUUUGUUGAGAGAAAGAUAUUUUGGCCGUUUCAAUAUGACUCGUGAUGAAAACUAUGCAGUUGUAUGGGAUGCAGAUAAGCAAAUGGAUGCCAUGGACCCUGAUUGGGAUGUGGAAAGUGUGCAAGACACUUUGAAAAGAGCUUUACAAGUGAUUCAUCGAUGUGAGCAAACAUCAAAAGGACAUAUUUAUGUGUUGGUUUCCCACGGAGAUGUUUUACAAAUUCUUCGUACCUAUUUUGCCGGAGUUGCUUUAGAAAACCAUCGUUCUUUACCUUAUCUUGGAAAUGCUCAGUUGGAAUGUCUCUAUAUAGCCAAACAUUAAAACGAUUCUAUAUACAACAUGUAUAUAUUUAU